AUGGAUCAGGAGGCCUUUGCCGUGACCGAUGAUCAGGCGAGGCGGUUGGGAGGAACUCCACUCCGAGUUAAGGUGUCUCAGCGUAACCUAGCUGCAGCCUCAGCACCCCAAUCGGAUGAAGGCUCCGACAUUGACUCCGAACCAGAUUUGCCCCUGAAGAGAAAACAACGCAGGAGCCGAACCACCUUCACAGCAGAACAGCUUGAGGAACUGGAACGAGCUUUCGAGAGAACCCACUACCCUGACAUUUAUACCAGGGAGGAGCUGGCACAGAGGGCGAAGCUCACGGAGGCCCGAGUACAGGUUUGGUUUAGCAACCGCCGUGCAAGAUGGAGGAAGCAAGCUGGGGCCAAUCAACUGAUGGCCUUCAACCAUCUCAUUCCGGGGGGGUUCCCUCCCACCGCCAUGCCGACUCUGCCAACAUACCAGCUGUCGGAGACAUCUUACCAGCCCACAGCUAUUCCGCAAGCCGUGUCGGAUCCCAGCAGCACCGUUCACAGACCUCAGCCUCUUCCUCCGAGCACAGUACACCAAAGCACUCUUCCUUCGAACCCAGACGGCAACACUGCCUACUGCCUCCCCAGCACCAGGCAUGGAUUUUCCAGCUAUACAGACAGCUUUGUGCCUCCGUCUGGACCCUCCAACCCCAUGAACCCCGCCAUUGGCAAUGGCCUUUCACCUCAGGUAAUGGGACUCCUGACCAACCACGGUGGUGUGCCCCAUCAGCCCCAGACCGAUUAUGCUCUCUCCCCUCUCACCGGGGGCCUGGAACCUACCACCACGGUGUCGGCCAGCUGCAGUCAGAGACUAGACCAUAUGAAGAGCUUGGACAGUCUGCCAACGUCUCAGUCCUACUGUCCACCCACCUACAGCACCACGGGCUACAGUAUGGACCCUGUCACCGGCUACCAAUAUGGGCAGUAUGGACAAAGUAAGCCUUGGUCUUUCUGGGGGGGAAUUCCUCCUGAAAGGGCGAAAAGUCCCCACCCUUCCUUAAGAAAGAGGGGGGGAGCAGAGGCACCAUUAGGCCUUACAUCCCAGUAUCAAUGUUGUGGCAAAGCCAGCCGAUUGUCCCGGCAAGGGCUCCCUUGUCUAAUUAUUUUCUUAACUGAUGUCAACAACAUCUUGCGGUUAUUAAUUGCUGAGAUGUGA